AUGUCGCAUGCACAGCCGCCUCUGGGCUACCCACAAACGCACCACCAAACACCGUAUGCCACAGCACCACCUGCUGCUGUCGAGUAUGAGCAGCACCAACAGCACAGCAACUUCUCAUACCCUCCCCCACAACAACAACCACAACCACAACAACAACACCAACAACCACAGCAGCAGCAGCAGGGCUACGGCUAUGGCUAUUACCCACCACAGCAGCAACAGCAGCAACAGCAGUACUAUGCUCCCCCACCUUAUGGGCAACAGCAGUACCCGUACGCGCAGCAUUACGGCCCCGGAUACGUCACAUCGCAACCACAGGUUGCGCCUCCCCCAAGUCAUUACAACCAGCAAUACUCCAACACAGGCAACAGACCAAACCAGAACUCGCAAGCAGAGGGCUUCCUCGCCGGCCUCGCCGCAUGUGCAUGCUUGCUCUGCUGCUGUGACAUCCUGACUUGA